UAAUUUUCAAGGGUUACAUGUAUUGUAUAUUGUAAUAGGGAGAAUAUAGAAUGAUAACAACAGCAAUUUAUCAAUGUUCAGAGGAACCAAAAGAUUUACCAUUGAAGGCUAAUUUAUAUUUGAGUAAAAAGUCAUCUAAUACAACCGAAAUUAGAGGGAAUUUUACAUUUGAAAUACCUUUUGACGAUUCUCUAAUAUUUGAUGUAAAUUUCGCUUCUUGGAGUUUAACUGGUGGUUGGAAACCAAACUCUCUGGUGUAUGUCACUAAGAAUGCCUGUUCUAAAUUGAAAAGUAUACUGGGAAAUUCAUGGUAUUCGUUUUUAAAGGCUACCAAUUCAACAAUUACAAACUGCCCACUAUCAAAGGGUAUUUAUACAUUAUCAGGAUACGACACAUCACUUUUAAAUGACAAUAAUUUUCCUAAAGUGUAUUUUUAUGGAAAAUAUAAAUAUGUCGGUAAGAUUAAAAACCAAAAUAAUAAAGUAGUUGGUUGUAAAGCUGCUGAGUUAAGCUUUGUACGGCCAUGGGAAUCGACUUAAUAAAUUUACACUUACCUUCUCUAAUUGCUAAUGGUUAUUCUAUUGUACUACAUCAUAUUAUAAUUAUUAUAAUUGGAUUAUUAGAAACUACGUAGAACUAUUACCAUAAGUAUAUCAUAAUAAUUAGGACUGUCAAUAAUGUAUGAUUAAUGAUUUAUUCAAAGUCUUAAUAUUUUAUUAUUUUA